AGCGAAUAUAAAGACAAAUUAAAUUCAAAAAAUUGUUUUUAUAUAGAGAAAAAUUUUAUAAUUAUUCUAUUAGUCAUUCUGAUGGCCUACGAGACGAUUCGGUAAAGUUAUGCGGAUAGCAAAAUGACCUGUUUAAUAGUGGAAUAGGCACUUUUUUUGACGCCAUUCUGCUAGGUACUUUACAUAUGUAUUUAUCGCAGCUCAUCCAGACCAAAGUCCCUGAGAUGCAACAGCGUCACAUAACCGUGUCUUCGUUAUCUACAUCACAUCCACAUCAGCUUCGAGAUCAACCAACCUCGACAAUAUGAAGCUACACAGCUUCUUACUACCCGCCUUAGCAGGCAUUGCUACUACCAGAGCCGAAGACCAGCUAAAGAAUGCCGAGGCAUACAUCAUUAGACAAUCAAAAACUACAACCAGCUCCAAUCCUCCCUCGAUACCAAACCAGCUCGCCCGAGCUAUCCUCCUCCAGCGCCUUAGCACAUCAGAGCAUCCGGCAGCUCUGGGUCAACUACCGGAGUCUAUCUCCCAAGAUGAAUCAAUCUCCUACAUCAACCAGUUUGCAAAGACUCCUGCGCCACUGUUCGAAAUAGCCAACGACGCGAAUGAGCCUCGACAGCUUGUCAUCGCCCUUUCCGGCAUCACCACCGAUAAACAUAACGACCUCAAGGCCGCUAUACCGCGCGUGCCUCUCGCUUUCACCGCUCCCGGACUGAGCGGGCUGCCCGUUCGAGGGAAGAAAUCAAGCUGCGCAUUUGAACAGGCCAUCGAUUCCGACAAUAAGAAAUGCUGGGAAGGCAAGACGCAGUAUCUAGAAUACGACGUCACCAAGAACAAGAACGUAAUCACGCUACUGGGCAAAAACGUCGAGUCCCUCAACGCUCAAGCCGUCGCCGGCAAACUCGACACCACCAUCCUCCUCCUCGCACAACCUAGCGCCGAGGCUGCUGCUGCCGACGACGACGAGCUCCGCCGCCGAGCAUUUAAAGAGGAGAAGGUCUUAGCUGAAGUUGACGACGGCCUCGACGACGAUUGGAUCGACAUCCCCACGGCCGAUUCCACAGUGAGCCACCCGGGCGCCAACGCCGACAAGCCCUUCCACGCCUUCGGGUCCGGGUCCGGCUCCAGCUCCGACUCCAAGCCAGGCUCCUCAGCAGCCGCCGUGUUCUCUUCGAAGCCUCUCCCUGUGCUGCCAGCGUGCUUCGCCUCGCAGAACGCGUGCGUGACCGCGACCGACUCGUGCUCGGGCCGCGGCGAGUGCGUCGACCGCUGGGGCAAGGUGGACGGCGCCACGAGGGCCUGCUUCUCGUGCCGCUGCAUGGCGACCAACGAGACGGACGCCCGGGGCCGCGUUGGCCUGUACCACUGGGGCGGCGCGGCCUGCCAGAAGCGCGACAUCAGCACGCCCUUCUGGCUCUUUGCCGGCGUGUCCGUCACGCUCGCGGCUACCAUCGCUUUCGCCGUCGGGCUGCUGUUUAGCGUCGGCGAGGAGAAGCUUCCUGGUGUGAUUGGGGCUGGUGUCUCGCGGAGUACGAAAUAAGGACGGGGCACGGGGGACGGGGCGGGUAUUGUCGAUAUGUCUAUGUCUGCUUCCGAUGGGUAGAUGUGGAUGCUAGUCUUGUCUUGUCUUGUGUUCAUAUCCGCCUGGCGAGAAAGC